CUAUUUUGGAAUCGGCAGUUUCUAGAAGAACUGUAACACUAUUAUAAGAUUUUUAGGAUUUGAGUUUGUGUGCAGUCUGUUCCAACUGCCUGUCCUUGGCGGAUGACAGUGUAGUCAGAAGGUCCUUGUUUACUCAAUAACUAAUGAUUAGAAUCAGGGAUUCUGCUCCCCAAACGACUCAUUUGCAAGUGACCACUGUUGAAUCUGACGAGAGGACAAGUCUGCCUGCUACACCUCCGACAAGAAAAUAUAAUGACGUCCUGGUGCGUCCUCGCUUUUCUCUUCCUGGCACAUCUGUGCCGUGGCGCUCUGUCCUGCCCGCCACUCUGCAGGUGCUACCAGAGGAGAGCCGAGGUGGUCUGUAAUCAGGUCCCUCUGACAGAGUACCCCUCGGAGGGUCUCUCGCCUCACACCACCCUGCUGACCAUCCAGUCCACCAACAUCACCUCCAUCUCCGAGGAGCAGCUGAACGCCACUCCCCUGCUGCAGGGGCUCCACCUGUACGACAACCACCUGCACAGCCUUUCCGCUCAUCUCCUCCGAGGUGUCCCUCACCUCAGCACUCUGGAUCUCACAGGGAACCGACUGUCUGACCUGCCCGCGCAUGUUUUCGACCACGCGCCGCUCCGCAGCCUGGUGCUGAAGGAUAACGCCUUUGAAGCAGCCGAUGCCGAGUGGCUACCCGAAAACAGCAGCAUCACCUGGUUGGACGCAUCCGGGAACCGCUUGACGGAGGUGCCGACGGCGCUGCUGCAGAAGCUGCCCCACCUGGAGAACCUGGAGCUCGCCGAUAACCGUCUGGAGCUGCUCUCUGCAAAUUCCCUGGGCAAUCUGACCAAACUGGAGAGGUUGAACCUGCGUGACAACAAGCUACGCGACCUGGAUGCGUCUGUUCUUCAGGGCAGCCGUAACCUCACCUACCUGUUCCUCUCUCGGAAUGACCUCGGCUCACUCCCCCAAAAUCUUUUUCAGGAGCUCACUGAGCUCAAGGUCCUGAGUCUGGAUGAAAACCAGCUGAGCCACAUCCCGGCGGGUUUGCUUGAUCCUCUGAGCUCCCUGGACGAGGACGGGCUGGACCUGACCUCCAACCCCUGGCUGUGUAAUAGGAAGGCGAAGUACCUCUGGAGGUGGCUCCAGAAGAACAAGAACAAGGUCUUCCUGCCAGAGACCGUCCUGUGUGCCGGACCCCCGUCUCUGGUGGGGCGCUCACUGAUGUCACUAGGAGAAAGCGACCUUCAGUCUUAAUGUCUUCCAUCCUCAUACUGGAUAACUGACAUGGUGAUAUACCCUGUUCAGCGUGUGUCUAUCGUACUUGAUAAUCACUAAAUUCUCUUUUGUUAAUGUAAUGUGAAUGUAUGAAUAAAAAUGUGUAUGAGUAAAGACAGUAUACAAUAAU